GGGGCGCGGCCGCCCGCCCCCGGGACGCGGCCAUCAGGGCUGGGCGCCCUCCCCGCGGCGCCGGGGGCUCGCCUCGCCACCCUCAGCCUGGGCGGGCCGGGCCGGCCGAAGGGCCGCAGCCCCCUCACCGCGGGGCGCUCAGAGCCGCCGAGCCGCGCGGGCCGCCCGAGGCCGGCCUUCCCUCCCCAUGGCGGCCCGCCCGCUGGGCCCGGCCUGGCUGCUAGGCCUAGCCUGGCUUCUGGGCGUGCCGGCGGCCAGCGGCCUGCCGCUGGUCCCCGGCCCGCGGGAGGAGGUGCUGGCGGCGGCCUUGCAGCGGCUGCGGGAGGUCUUCGACAUCGAGGAGCUGCCGCCCGACGUCCUGCCCCGCAAGAAGCCGCCCCAGUUCAUGGUGGAUCUCUUCAACAAGGUGGCGGACGCCAACGGCAUCACCCGCGCCCCGGGGCUGCUGGAGGGCGACGUGGUGCGCAGCUUCGAGGACCGAGUUCACGUGGAGCAGCACCGCUUCUACUUCGACAUCAGCGCGAUGGAGAAGGGCGAGCAGAUGCUGAAAGCCGAGUUCAGGGUGUUCAAGCUGAAGAGGACGCAUGUGUCCAGCAGGUCGGACGUGACACACUUCUGUAAGGUGGAAGUGUACGAGCUCUUGGAGAGUGGAAGUAAGCCCCAAAAAACCCAUCUCAUUGCAUCAAGAUUAUUGUCCCUGUACACAGAAGGCUGGGAAGUAUUCAACGUCACGCAGACAGUUUCCAAGUGGAUUGCAAACAGCAGCUCCAACCAUGGCUUUUUGAUAACUACAACCCAUGUAUUCAACAACAGAAUUGAGCACAACCUGGUUAAGUUUGCUAAGAGCCAGGGCACUUUGCAGGAGAGUAGAAACGCUCUCCUUGUCCUCUUCACCAACAGCAACAAACGCAGGUCUUCCAGCUUUGUACCCUUUUCCACAAAACCAGAGGUGAACCCUGCCAGUAACGAUGCUUCACAUGUGCCUCAUGAAACUCAGAUCAUCAAAAGCAGCGAUGUGAGCAUGAGCAGGAGACCUCGAGCUGCUGCAGACCCUUCUGCCAAAAGCCAGGUAACAGCAUGCCAUCGAAGGGAGCUCUACGUUGACUUCCGUGCUAUUGGCUGGUCAGGAUGGAUUAUUUACCCAAGUGGAUACAAUGCAUUUUAUUGCAGAGGAUCCUGUCUCUUCCCCUUGGGGGAAAGUCUAAACGCAACAAACCAUGCCACAGUUCAGUCCAUAGUCCAUACGCUUAAACUGGCUCAAGAUGUCAGCACGCCCUGCUGUGUGCCAGAUGAAUUGAAGUCCCUCAAUCUUCUUUACUUUGAUGAAAAAGAGAAUGUGGUCCUUAAAAAUUACAAAGAUAUGGUGGCAACAAGCUGUGGUUGUCAUUAGCAGGACCUUCUUUUGUCAGCAUUUGGCGUGUGCCUGGAUUUGGUUCCCCAUUUGCCACUUGAAGAUACCGAGGAAGAUGGCCUUUCAGUUUACAGGCAGGAGAGCCAGGAACUCGGCUGUGCUUCACAUAUUUCUCCCCUCACCGUGGCUGCGUGGAAAGGUGCUUAAGGCUGACUUUCGAAGAGCCGUGGGCGUCAGGAGGGCGUGCUGACCUGCACGGAGAGCGCUCUGAGUGCCUCUACACCAGAGGAAACCAUUAAAACCAGGAACUUGCUAUGUGAAGGAGUUGAAACACAUUAAGUUAAGCAUUCAAAUUAAGGUCUUGUUCUGUGUAUUGAUGCUCAGAAUUUCCUAUGCUGUAACAGGCAUGGCAUCCUGCCUCAAUCCAGGACGGGGUGGAGGUCUCUUAGUAGCACAACCUUAUUCAGUUUUGGCUGCAGGAUCCGUUGGGGAUGUACACUCCUAUGCAGAGCUUUCAGCGUAACUGUUUGCCCGGCGCUAAUCUGGGAGGCCUCUGCCAUCCGCAGCUCACGCGUUACCGGGAAAUGCACUUCUUCCCUGUUCCUUACACAGCCCUACCAAAUGCAGAGGCCUCCUUCUAAGUCCCCUUGGGACUUGCUAGCUAGUCUGAGGGAGCACAUCGGUCAGCGUUUGUCUGGGAAUCAGCAAACUUGAAUUCUGCCUCAGGGCCGCGCCUCCGUACGGUGACGGGUCAGCGAGUCCCCCUCUCUGUAGAAUCAUUCUCUUUGGCCGCGGUCUGCUGUGGCUGUUAGGCUGCGUGGCAGCAGGGGCUGCCGUUGCGUAUUUAUACAGUGGCCAUGCAAUGGCAUCCUAAGCUUGGGUCAGAAUCCCCGUAGUUUAGCAGGAAGAAAGAAGACCACUAAGCGUCGGAGGUCUGUGACAAGAUGCUGGAUGCUGGCCUGGUCCUGUAUCUGAGGGAAGUUGGAUGGAAGGUACUCUCCGAUCCCUUCCGUUCUUCUUGAAGCAUAGGACAUAGGCUUAAAAGGAGCCCCUCGAGGUCUUUCAGUCUUGCCACGGUUCAAUGCAGGUAACCAGCCCAUUGCAGCUCCUCACUUAACCACUGAAUUGUAGCUUCAGCCUAAUUACGUUUCUUGUCUCCAUUAACCCUUAAAGGUGGCUGACUUCUCACAGAACAUGACAUCUCCCCUGGGUAGAAACUUGAUGGAGAAUUUUAUUCCAAUGAGAUUUUAAAAAAAAAUUAUUUAUGUAAAUGUUUUUCUUUCUGUAAAUACUGAUGUCUGUAAUAAAUUUAUUUUAUUUAAAACCCAAA